GCUGCGGGCGCGCCGAGCAGCCGGCACGCAGGGCGGGAGCCGCCGCCGGCCAAGGGCCCGGGCGGGCGGGCGGAGGCGAUGCGCGCCGGCGCGGGACGGCACCAUCAGCAGCCGCAGCGGGAGCAGCAGCAGCCGCCGCCGCGGCGGGAGCGCCAGCGCCAGCCCUGACGGCCGCGGCCGCCCACGCCGGCGAGUAGGGGAGGAGAAGGAGGAGGAGGAGGCGGCGGCGGCGCGCCGGGCCGUGCCGUGCCGCGCCGGCGGCGGGAGUGCAGCAUGUGGGACGGUUAAGGAGAGAAGCACGAAGUACUGUUUUCAACCAGCACAAUUCUUGUUUUGGAGGCUCGGCUGGUGUUUCUGUUCCUGCCCUGUUGCUUUUUUCAAAUGCACCCGGGGAGUAGAAAUGCAGAGUCUGUUGGCACAGUGUGUGCGGAGAGGAGGGAGCUUGUGAUGUCAUCAGCUGAAGCGAAAACAUCUACCUCAUGACCUGGCAUGAUGCGUCAGGAUGAAACGCCACAGGCAUCUAAGCACCAGUGACAGUUCAGACAAUGAGAGUCCUUCCACUUCCUUUUCUUCUUGUUCUAAGUACAGGAGCAAGUCAAAAACACCAGCAAAUGAACAAAAGAAACCUGCUGAGGUGUUCCGCAAGGAUCUCAUUAGUGCCAUGAAACUACCAGAUUCUCACCAUGUUAACCCUGAUGAAUAUUAUAUCUUUGCGGACACGUGGAAACAAGAAUGGGAGAAAGGGGUUCAAGUUCCAGCCAGUCCAGAAACUAUUCCACAGCCUUCUCUCAGGGUUGUAGCAGAAAAGGUGAAAGAAGUACUGUAUACACGACCCAGAAAAUACAUUCACUGUUCCAGCCAAGAGCCCACAGAACCAGGUUACAUCAACAUUUUGGAACUGGCAGAAUCUGUGUGUCGCUAUGACUUGGAUGACAUGGACAUCUUUUGGCUUCAGGAGCUAAAUGAAGAGCUUACAGAAAUGGGAUGCGGGCCCUUGGAUGAAAACACAAUGGAAAAGACAAUUGAAGUGCUGGAACGGCACUGCCAUGAGAACAUGAAUCACGCUAUUGAAACUGAAGAGGGAUUGGGUAUUGAAUAUGAUGAAGAUGUCAUCUGUGAUGUGUGCCGGUCCCCUGACAGUGAAGACGGGAAUGACAUGGUGUUUUGUGACAAGUGUAAUAUCUGUGUCCAUCAGGCAUGCUACGGAAUCUUAAAAGUACCUGAAGGGAGCUGGCUGUGUCGCACGUGUGUGUUGGGAAUACAUCCUCAGUGUCUCCUGUGUCCCAAAAGAGGAGGUGCCAUGAAAGCUACCAGGACAGGGACCAAGUGGGCACAUGUGAGCUGUGCUCUCUGGAUUCCAGAGGUUAGUAUUGCUUGCCCAGAAAGGAUGGAGCCAAUCACAAAGGUGUCUCACAUUCCACCAAGUCGAUGGGCUCUAGUGUGUAGUUUAUGCAAGCUGAAAACUGGUGCUUGCAUUCAGUGCUCUGUGAAAAGCUGUAUCACUGCCUUUCAUGUCACCUGUGCCUUUGAGCAUAGUUUAGAGAUGAAGACUAUCCUGGAUGAUGGGGAUGAGGUCAAGUUCAAGUCCUAUUGUCUAAAGCACAGCAAGAACAAACAGAAUUCACUGCCUGAUGUUGAUGAGCACCCCAAAAGUGUGUCAGACCAGAAGCAAACAGAGAGUGAGAAAACCAGUUUGCGAGCCCAGAAACUCCGAGAGCUGGAAGAAGAGUUCUACUCACUAGUUAAAGUGGAGGAUGUUGCAGCAGAACUGGGCCUUCCUAAACUUGCUGUAGACUUCAUCUACAAUUACUGGAAAUUAAAGCGAAAAAGUAACUUUAACAAACCAUUGUUUCCUCCCAAGGAGGAUGAAGAAAAUGGCUUGGUGCAGCCAAAAGAAGAUAGCAUUCAUACUCGCAUGAGGAUGUUCAUGCAUUUGAGACAGGACCUAGAGAGGGUAAGAAAUCUCUGCUACAUGGUAAGCAGGAGAGAGAAACUGAAGCUGUCUCACAGUAAAGUACAUGAACAGGUCUUCAAUUUGCAAGUCCAGCUCAUUAAUCAGGAAAUCGCUGCAGGCCAUACCCUGACAAGUGCACUAGAGAACACACUGUUCUACCCACCUCCCAGGAUCACCCUGAAGUUAAAAAUGCCCAAAUCGGCACUAGGAGAUUGCAAAAAUAACUCGCUGAAACCUGGCAACAGACCGCUUUCUCCUGACAACAACAGCACUGUUUACAGCAAACGGAGUGUGACGAUGUCAAAGGAAUCAUUUGAAAUUAAAGCAAAAUCUUACUCCAGGUAUCAGCACGACAGCAGAAGUAACGGGUUGCUGGCAGGGAUUGGCAAACCUCGGAGUGAGGUGAAGGAUUCUGGCCCAACGCAGAUGCCGGAGUUUCACCGGAGCCAGCCGUCCGGGAAGCCCUUAGCACUCCAGGCUGCUCUGCAUGGACAGUCUUCCAUUGGGAAUGGGCGGGUGCAGCAGGAGAACUCGAGGCUGGCGGCCAAGUCCAACGGUCUGAUGGGCAGAGCUGGAGACGUGAGCCAGAGAGACAGCUCCAGCCAGACGCCCUAUGAACAAGAGUCCGUGCUCACGGCUCACUUGGCCAGCCAGAGCGGUUUCAGAAAAUCCACCAUAGAACAUUUUAGCCGGUCCUUUAAAGAGGCUACCAACAGUCUGGUGAGGACCACGGAAGAUCUCCGGUGCUGUGAAAAGCCAACAAGAAGACUUGCAACAAAAGAUCGCUUGUGGAGCAAGCAGACGCUUGAAGGUGCUCCAUACCAGGACAACGACGGGUACUGUCCUGACUUAGAGCUGAGUGACUCUGAAGCAGAAAGUGACGAAAACAAAGAGCAAGUGAGGUUAAGACGAAGUAGCUCAGAGAGAGAAAGCCCAAGUAAGGACUUUGGAAGAGAUUGUCACAAUAGAAACAAAAAGAAUAUGAUUUCUCACAGUUCGGUACAAAGGUGAUUAGAAGCCCCCACGGGGUAACUCAGCCUUUCUGUAUUCCAGUGUACCAGUGCAAAGCUCAGUAUCAAAAGGUUCCAGAAAAUAGUCCAGGACCUACGUUAGGAAGAGUUGCAGUAAGGGAUGGGGGGAGGGGAGAGAAAUCAAGAGUAGUUUUGUUCAACUGUGAAUUGGCUUGCAGUCUUCGCAAGGUUAACUGAGUUAUUGCAAAGUCAUGUGGAAAUCGAUGUCUUAUUAGAGGGUAACAUCUGGGAGAGCACGAAGCGGUUAAUCUCUGUGUAAAUUCAGGAAACUGCUUCCCCCUUGCCAGCUUAUGUGCGAGGCAACGUGUUCGUGUUACGUCAGUCUGUCUCGCGGUGGUGGUCAGGUAUUAAAGAAGUCUUUGCAUUGCUCUAAUGUGGUGCAAGAGACUGCAAACGGAGACACUGAAACUGCAUUCCUACAGCACCUGCAGUAUGGCUUUGAUCCAGCAAUGCACUUGUGGAUGCGUUAGGAAGUUAAGCAUGUGAAAAGUCCUGCUGGUUUCCCUCAGGAAGGCUUCUUGUGCUCAGAUCUCCGAGCGCAUGCCAGUGUGCUCUGCUGGAUCAGGCCCAAAGUGACUACUAAGUGAUGAUCCUCUUCUGCAGGAGGCUUUGAACCGCAGUGGUGUUUGCAGGCUCCUUGCGGAGGGUGGAAGCAGACGCUGCCAAACUCACUGACCUCUAGACGUGCCCCCGUUCCCUGCUCUUGCUGAAGGUUAUGUUUCUCUUCACAAUAAUUUGCUUAUUUUGUAAAUAUAUAACUUCUAGUACUUCAGUUUUUUUAAUCUCUGUACAUAGUUGCUUGUUGUGGGAUGCACUUGUAAAUAUUUUACCCAGCUAACAAGUACAGAUGGCUAAUUUUGUGGAUAGUGUUUACAAAAGUAGAUGUACUACUUCAAAGAAAAAUGCUAUUUGACACUUAAAUUUAGGCAAUCACCAGUGAUGCCAGGUUUCUCUUGAAACUGAGAUUUCAUGUCCAGAGGUGUUUGUACCUGGUAUUUCAAAAAUAAGCUGAAUUAGAAAUAAUUUUGUCUGAACUUCUAAUGCAGGCACAAAUUUUCAACCCUAGUUGCCUGAAUAUGGGUGUAGGAACCUUACUUCUGGCAUCUAGGUCUGUAAAAUUUUAGCCAGUCAUCAUUUACAGUACGUUUUUUUUAAUUGCUGAAAAUCAAUUAUUUUACUAAGCUGCUUUUCAACCUCUGGAUCAGUUGCUGUUUCCCAAACUAAAACUUUCUUCUGUGUCCCUUAAAAUUAACAGUUGUUAAGUAGUGAUUAAAUUUCAGCCAGUAUUGAGUAAGCAAGAAGGAAGGAGAAUCCUUUUCCAUUCGUUUCAGUGACAGGGGAUUUUUUGUUUGAAUGCAAACAAACUUCUAGUUUUCCAGAUGGUGUUGUGUGGAUCAACAAAGUAACUGCACUGUUUUUCUCUGAAAUGCUGUACACUUCAUAAAUGCGCAACAUCUUCUGUCCUCACAUCACUGGCUGAAGCAGGCUGUAGGUUGUCUAAGGCACGUGAUACAGCUCCUUUCUGUUGAGGGUUCAUUUUAGCCAGAAACAAAAUGCAUUCCCCACCCAGGGUGAAAGAUGACUAUGCAGAAUCCAAACAACAACCUGUUUUUCUUCAAACUCUUAAUUUAUUGCUUUUAGCUUGGGUAAUGGCAGCAACAUUUUCAGAUCCGUUUUAAACUUUGAAAUCUCCCUAGCUGCAAUAGGACUAGCAAGUCAGGGGCUGGAGGACUUUUCAGUAGUGAAAUGGAAAAAAAAAAAGUAUACUUGGCAAUUCUGCUCUGUUUACUUCAUGCAUCUUAAUUUUUUUUUUUUCCCCCACUUCUUGAUUUUAUGUAUAUUUGUGUAAUUGAUCUUUCUAGAGCUGUAUCUUCAAAAUUAUUUCUUUUGGUGUAAAUAUGCAGUAGCAUUUUAGGUUUCCACAUAUCUUAUUUUAAUGGGAAAUGCUUUGUGUUCUAAGCCAUGGGUCAUUCAGAAGAACUAAACAAAUGUCUCUUCAUUUGUAUUCCAGAUCUGAUUCUCUUAGUUCUCCUUCAAUAUUUAUUAGUAAUCCUCUCUUGCUGGUCAUGAAAUUUUAUGAAGCUUGUAUUGGGAACACUUAUCUGGGAGGUCAGCAAAGCAUUCAUGUUAUUUUGUGGCCGGAAGCCUAUGACAGAAGGGAGGGAAAAUGGUGCUUCAGCAAAACUCAGCGUUUCUGCUCUUCUGGGGUUAUUAAUUCAGUUGUUUCCAGUCUGGGCAAUGGUUUUGCUAAUUUUUACAUGAUUUUAAUAGAUAUAUGAAGGAGCCCUUGGUUAUGUAGUUCUCAAGUAUUGUCCCCAAAGUGCAUUUGCUAGUUUUUAUUGUGUGUUCGGUGGCUAACUGUUUGAAGUAUUACCUCUUAACCUUAUUUGUCAAAUUUUUUUGUGUUUUUGCAUUUUGUUUUAUAUAUAUAAAUAUAUAUAUAUAUUCAAUUUUCCAAGAUGGACUCGGUCUUUUUCAGAUGUCCCCUUU